UUGGCAGGGACAAAAGAAAGUGUCGAAGAAGAAGAAGAAGCCGGAGUUUUGUCGCGCAGUGCUGACACUCCUUCCGAUUCACGGCAUUCGUGAAAUCAAACCUUUCUGUCUGUUUGCAGUUCACCGUAAGUGACGGCAUUUUAUGGCAGCGUUGGACGCUAAUGACGGCGGCCAGCUGCGUGACAAACGGCGGGCAGAGAGAGUGAUGAAGGCGGCGCGGUGUGGAGUCCUGUAACGGCUGCACCAUGAUCCCCGUGUCCCUGCUGGUGUUUGUGAUGGCAGGCUGGUGUGCUGUCUAUCUGGCGGACACGCUGCUCAGGUCAUCGGUGACGCAUCGGAUCAGCUAUGAGUCAUGGCUCGCCAGUCGUGGCCUGAUGUUGUCUCCUUUUCACGUGAGAUGGCAAACCACCAUGUUCAACCGACUAUUUGCAUACUGCGCCCGCAUCAACCCCCGGGCUCUUUACAUGUGGUUCAACAGUGGUCUGGUGUUUGGUAUCGCUGCCAUGUUGGGCUCAGUGGUGCUGCUGAUAAGGACUCUGCAGCAGACCAUCGCUCAGAUGACCACAGACAACCCACGGAUUGGAGAUCAACAGACCCUGCAGGUGGUGGUCCCCGGUGUUAAUCUACCCACAAGUCAGCUGGCCUACUUCUUCAUCGCCCUGCUGCUCAGUGGAGUAAUACAUGAGCUGGGCCACGCUGUGGCAGCACUGAGGGAGCAAGUGCGAGUGAAUGGAUUUGGGAUGUUUGUGUUCGUAGUUUAUCCUGGUGCAUUUGUGGACCUCUUCACCACACACCUCAACCUCAUAUCACCGGCUCAGCAGCUCCGCAUCUUCUGUGCCGAUUUAUGUCUGCGUGUGUAUUUGGUCCAGAGCUCUGCAGCUGACGGUCCCAGGGGUCUGUCAGUUGGGGACAUAGUGACAGGCCUGGAAGACUGUCCCGUCAGGGGAGUGGAGGACUGGACCAGCUGCCUGUCUCACCUCGCUCACACACCACAGACGGGAUACUGCGUCCCUGUCGCCAGCCUGCAGCCCAGCUGGGCUCAUGGACGAGCUUUCAAGCGUCUGGAUGGAACGAUGGACUGCUGCAGCAACAACAGCCUGACCGACCUCUGCUUCUCUUACAUUAAAUCACAGGGCAGGAGCAGCAGAGAGAGAGAGUACGCCUGCAUGCCAGUACGUAAAAUGGUGACGGGAACGCGAGUGUGUCAUACAGAUGACGACUGUGCUGCACAUUCCCACACUGCCAGCAUUUGCGUCACGCCUUCUCUGGAGAACCAGACUCGCUUCAUCCGUGUCACACACCCUCCCAACACGCACAUGCUGUUCGUGGGAUAUCCGCCACACCUGCAGUAUGCAGUGAGUCUGACUAACUUUGUCCCUCGCUUUGGAUUCCUCCACCUGGACCUUCCUGUAUUCCUAGAAACCUUCUGCAAAUACGUGGUGUCCCUCUCUGGCGCAUUAGCAGUAGUCAACUCUGUGCCGUGCUUUGCUCUCGAUGGUCAGUGGAUGCUGAACGCCCUGCUGGAGGCCACGCUGGCCAGUGUGGUAAUAGACCGUCAGAAGCGUGAGCUGAUUGGUUUCUUCCUGCUCCUGGCAGGCAGUGCCCUGCUGGCGGCCAACGUGGCGCUGGGCCUGUGGAUGGUCACGGCACGGUAGCCACAGCGGUCAGCUGCCCCGGUGGACUGAGAUAUGUUGUCUCAGGAUGCGUUUGAGUGUUGUGGACCAUUAAACUGUGAACAGACUGCAUUACCCAGAAGCACUGCCCACCUUGUGGAGACUGUUGAGUAUAACAUCACUCUGCCUUUAAAAUUGGACCACCAGGGAAAACAACUUUAAUCCACCUUGUUGCUGCCAUAAAUCCAAAAGCACACAAACAAGUUAACAAAUGCACUUGCUGUAAAGCACUGUCCUAUGUGACUGUUUACAAAGACUGUACUGAUGAAACAUGUGUGUUUGUGUUUUUCAUUACGUUGAUUCCAAAAAUGCCAUAUUUUCCUGUGUAACUAAGCUAACCUGUGGACACAAAAACGUUUAAGGAGCUUUCUUUUGUUUUCUGGUGAAUGCAUGGCAAUAUAAUAAUCUUGAAUUCCUUAUCACUGUUGAAAAACUUUACUACCUACUGUUCAUGAAAUCAUGAAUUAUUUAAUUAAAUGAAUGGACUCCUAUCAAUUUGACCCUAUUUAAAUGGCGUCUAUCCUUCAGAUUGAUCUGGCAUUGCAGUGCGAAAAUUGCUUUCUUUUUCACUCACCUUUUCUUUAUGUGUACGUUUUAUUUUUUAUUAUAUGUCUGCCAUAUAGUUGCAAAAGUCAAUUUCUAGAAAUUGUGAAAUAAAAAUAACAGUUUUUCCUC